AUGGGUUCAACCCAAUUCGGCAAUUUCCACAUAUUCGUCAAAGACAACCAGCCUCCGAAUGAGAAGUUCAAUCCUAUUAUGCUUUUUCGCGAUUUUGAUGGCCGCGUUCUUGAUAUGGAGGUCGGAGAAAAAGAAGGCUGCCGUGGGGAGAAGGUGGGAUAUCCGUUGCGAUCGAACUGGCUUGAGACUGGGGACACUUGUGUUGACACUGGACCACGCAGGGAGUUCCAAAUCUUUCUCGCCGGUUAUAUCAUCAUCGAAAUAUGCGAAAUUUUCACCGUCGGUGGCUUCCCUCUUAAUGACAACGUUAGAAAAGGCUUUACCGCCGUCCAUUUAGCAGCCAUAUGCGCCACGACCUGGAUGCUUUUCAUAAAUGCACUCGUCGGAUAUCAGUUCCUCGACGAUGGCACGCCCAUUUCGGUUGGGCUUCUAAUAGCCUCUGCUACUGUUCUCUUCAUCGGGACUGGCUAUAUUGCACUGGACACAGCCUUCAGUUGGACAGGGCAUUUUGACUCCAGCCUUUCCGGAGAGAAUCGGAACAUCGGACUUUAUGUGCUGUACUUGCUGUUUCCAUUGAUCUGCCUCUUUGGUUUUUUCUCCCUAAAAACAACAGUGUACCUAUCAGCUGCUACCUUGCUCUUCGCCAUCGGACAAAUCUUCAACUUCGUCAUCAGCACUCACCUCUGCCAGGCGGCAGACGGAAAGAUAAACGGCGCACUGUUCGAGACCUUGUUCACCCUCUUAUCCGUCGGUAUGAUAUGGGUCUUCUGGAGCAGUAUAACGGAGGACGAUUGGCCCGUGCCCGUCAAUAACGGAGGGUACAGUUGA